AGUCUGAGUGCAGAAAACAGAGCUCAUCUACAUGCACAGCAGACUGAGACCAGAGAGAGAGAGAGAGAGAGAGAGACGAUGAUUAAAGGAAAUACAGAAUAGAAACAGAACUAAAAAUAGACCAACACAAGUCACAUAAUUUGAUUGAGGAUCACUGAUCACGAGUGCAGAGUUCAGUGCUUGUGUCUUACGUGCGUGCGUGCGUGCUGUAAAUACAGUGAGCUGUAGGUAUUUGUAAUCAGUGUGUUGGUUUAACUCUUAAUGUGGCUGAUGUACUCAUGAUCAAGAUAUUAACUCUUCAUCAUCACGUCACUGGUGCCUUUGUCAGCAUUAGAAUAAACGGGAGUUCUCGUUACUGUAGUGACUGAAGUGCGCGCGCAUCCGUCUGUGUGUGUGUGAGCGCGUUCCGGGUAUCAGGUGUGAGUGUGUGUCUGCAGCGAGUCCGUCAGCAGCGCGCCGGGCAGCAGCAGCAGCAUCAGAGCCGUUUGAUUUGAAAUGACGACAGAACUCGAGACCAAAGCAGAGCAACAGGGGGCCAGUGCAGCUCCGCCCCUCCACGACCAGCUUCCUCCUGCGGCUGCACACAGCACACCUGUCAGAAAAGAACAGGGUGGAGACGCUGGCGGGAGGUCAGAUCAUCAGCCGGAGGAGGACGAUCACACGUCUCACUGGUCCAGAUCUCCAGUGAAAGUGAGCAGAAGCUCCAGAAACAUGCAGUGUAAGAUCACACUACUGGACGGAUCCGACUACACCUGUGUGGUGGAGAAGCGUGAUAAAGGUCAGGUGCUCUUUGCUAAAGUCUGUGAACAUCUCAAUCUGCUGGAGAAAGAUUACUUUGGGAUCACAUACCGCGAUGUAGAAAACCAAAAGAACUGGUUGGAUCCAGCGAAGGACAUGAAGAAGCAGAUCAGAGGCGUUGCCUGGAAUUUCUCCUUCAAUGUGAAGUUUUAUCCUCCUGAGCCUGCGCUGCUGUCUGAAGACAUCACAAGAUAUUACCUGUGUUUGCAGUUGAGGGAUGACAUCGUGUCUGGACGUUUGCCCUGUUCGUUUGCCACUCACACAGUUCUAGGUUCAUACACCGUCCAAUCAGAGCUGGGCGAUCAUGAUCCAGACGAGUACGGAACCGAUUACGUCGGCGAGUUUCGUUUCGCCCCUCAUCAGACCAAAGAGAUGGAGGAGAAGAUCAUGGACCUACACAAGACCUACAAAGGAAUAACCCCAGCCGAAGCUGAAAUGCAUUUUCUGGAGAAUGUAAAGAAACUCUCUAUGUAUGGAGUCGACCUUCAUCAUGCAAAGUUGAUAGGACGAUUCUUUCACUGCUUCUCUCCGGCUAAGGGAGAGGAUUCAGAGGGGGUGGAGAUCAUGUUGGGCGUCUGUUCCUCUGGUCUUCUCAUCUACCGCGAUCGGCUUCGUAUCAACCGCUUCGCCUGGCCGAAAGUCCUGAAGAUCUCUUACAAACGCAACAACUUCUACAUCAAGAUCCGGCCGGGCGAGUUUGAGCAGUUUGAAAGCACAAUCGGCUUUAAGCUACCAAACCACAGAGCGGCUAAGAGACUGUGGAAGGUUUGCGUGGAGCAUCACACGUUCUUCAGAUUAGUUUCCCCAGAGACUCCACCCAAGAAGUUCCUGACGCUGGGGUCAAAGUUCCGUUACAGCGGCAGAACUCAAGCUCAAACCAGACGCGCCAGCUCACAGAUUGUGCGACCAGCACCCUCUUUUGAACGGUCCUCCAGCAAACGCUACACAAUGUCUCGGAGCUUAGACGGGGCUCAGCGGAAUACACCCAUGAACACAGCCAAUGGUACUAGACCAGCAGAGAUGGGUACGGCAUUGUACGGCACAGCUAAAGCUCCGGCGGUGAGUGAUGUCAUUACUUCAGUGACUCCAGAGGGAAAGACAGUGGCUGCGGCAGCUACAGGACCUGAUGGAGAUCAGGACAGAGUUGCACUGGCGGACAGCGUUGCACUGCUGGAGGAAGAAGACGAAAACACCAGAGCCACAGAGAUUUCCCAGCCCAGCCCGCUCACACCUGUACACCUGGACACACGGACAGAUUUCACAGACACAGCUGUUGAUGGAGACUUAACAGCCACCGAGUCCGAUCAAGAGGACGAGUCUGAAACGAAGACUCAGGUCAUUGAUCAGACACCAGACGAGCUGGUGAAACAUCCGACCAACAUCAGCGAGCUGAAGAGAAGCUUUCUGGAGGGAGGAACAGAUCGGACGGGUCUGACGGAGUGGGAGAAGCGUCUGUCCUCCUCUCCGAUCCGAUCUCCUCGUCUGGAUGAAGCUCCGAUGAUUGAACCGCUGGUUCCAGAUGAAAUCAAACAGGAAGUAGAGGAGGAGAAACAGGAAGUGGCUGUGGGGGAUUUAGCGACACAGGACAGGAGAGGUGAUGUGGAAUCUGAUGGGUGGGUCAUUAUAAACAAACUUCCACCUGUUGAGAAAGAAAACACUGGAGUUAUUCCAGUUCUACCAGAGCAGAGAGCAGAAAAAUCUGACGCUUUAACAAAAGAUAAAGAAGAUGUGCCCGAGAAACUUACUGUUGUUCACGAGAAGAUCCCUCCCGUGGGUCCAGAACAAACUCUGAUCGUCUCUGAAGAUGUUCCUCCUAAGAAAAUUCCUCCUAAGGUACCAGAGAAGAAACACAGAUUCGUGGCCGCCGGUGACGCUCUGGAAGAGAAGAAGCUUAAAGCUGAAGAAGUGGUGUCGAGCGAGGACACCGCAGCUGUCCGAUCUAAAGACAUCGAUCUGUCGGUCAAACUCUCUGAUCAGCCCAUCGCUGCGACCAUUAAGGUCCUUCCUGUGACGGUUGAGUAUCAGAUCAGUGCUUCAGAUGCCAGCGCUCCGGUGAUCACCGUCAGAGAGGCCGGGACACCCUCUGUCUCUGAUGCUCCGGUCACGAGCGUCCUCUCUGCUGAAGAAUCCGGAGACGUCAGGACGGGCGAGCUGAGGAUCUUCACCCGCCGGAGCUCUCCUCUCAGAUCUUCUGCAGAUCUCGGCCUGAGUCCCGGCCCCGUUCCCUAUCUCAUCAAAACCUCUCCUACAGCUCCAGUGCCUAAGCCCAGUUUUGAUGAGAUGUCUCCUGAGCUCACAGCUCUCUUGCAGUCCACUCGCAGUUGGGCGUCUCCGUCGUCGUCUGAUCUCAUCACACCCUCAUCUCUGUCGUCUCAUAAGCCAUCCGAAAGCCAAGAGGGUCAUCCAGAGAAGAGCCCAUCAGAAGAAGAGAAACAGCCUCAGGUAGAGCCGCCUGAAUCUCCAGCGGUCCCUCUGGAGCCGGAUGUGUAUUAUCAAGCGUGUGUUGUGUGUGAAGAGGCUCUCGAUGAGUCUGAGUCUGAAUCAGAGUCUGAUCAUGACACCAGUGAUUCCAGCAGUGUAAACGCAGCAAACUUUGACAGACCCCUCCCACUCACGGGCGUGACCCCCACAGGGGGCGUGUCACCCACUGACAGUGAGUCUGGGGGUGAGAGUUUCUCUCUGUCCACCGAUGAUGAAGAUGAUGUGGGAUCAGGAGAUCAGUCGCCCAACAUGAGCCCGUCCGCUCCUCUUGGGACGGCCGAGCAGCGGGGUGUGGCUGAGGGUCAGAGCGGGGAGGUAGAACUGACCGCCGGUUCAGAGUCGGAGCCGUCAGGUGACACACAGGAGAUGCCUGUCAUCCGCACAGAAAUGAAAACCAUCACGUAUGAGUCCGUGCAGGGUGAAGCGGACGGAGAUGCUGAUCCUGGAAUUCUGAUGAGCGCUCAAACCAUCACAUCAGAAACCAGCAGCACCACCACCACCACUCACAUCACAAAGACGGUGAAGGGAGGAAUAUCAGAGACACGGAUCGAGAAGAGAAUUGUUAUCUCAGGAGAUGCUGACAUCGAUCAUGAUGAGGCUCUGGCUCAAGCUAUCAAAGAAGCUAAAGAACAACAUCCAGAUAUGUCAGUGACUAAAGUGGUGGUCCAUAAAGAGACGGAGAUCACGCCAGAGGAGGGCGAGGAGUGAGGCAGGAUUAACAUCAUCUUCAUGCGUUCUGGAGAAUUCUCACGUCUUCACGCUGUGUAAAAUGACGGAGGUUUCUGUGAAAAUGAGGAAUGGAACCACAGAAUGAAUCACACACACACACACACACACACACACACGCUUACAGACUGGAUCACUGUUACUGCAUGACACGGGAACAAAUGUGAGAGAAGAAAAUAUAUCCACGUUUCAAAUAAAUACUACAUGAGCGCAGUGUAUAGUUCAGCCACGAGCUCGCUAUAAAGAGGAAAUAUAAAACUUACAGAUAUCUACAUUUUACUUAUUACAAUAGCCUACUGCUCACCAUAUCAAGCCGAAUGAGUGCACAAUAUUUAACCACGCAAACGUGUGCCCUCCCCAACAUCGCAUCACCCUUUCAUCUCACGAAUAACAACACGCGGUUCAUUCUUCCGCACGAGUGUUCUGUUGUUUCGAUUUGAAUUAUUCAUCCGUUUUUUCCCUUGUGAAUGUUGACUUUAGAAUGGAAUGAGACUGCUGUGAAUGAAUCUGUGCACCUAUGGCUCAUCACAAGUUUUAGAUCAAUCCCAGAAUUCUCUCUGCCACAUCUGAGCCUUAAACUGUACAGAAACCUCAACACAACUCCAGUGUGUCUUUGUGUCUGUGUUUGUUUCAUCAGCAUCCCGUAUGAUUUUGUAUUUCAUAUACGGCAUCAUGUCCUGCUGAAUGUUUCCUCCUCCAGCUCAAAUAAAAUCUGAUUUCGGAUCAGUUCGUUGUUUCUUCUG